AUGCCUCCUGCUGAAUGGAGUCCCGAGCAACAGAGUUUUGCCGAUCCCUCCCAACAAUAUCCCGGUCAAGCACCGAACAACUGCAUGGGUUACAACCCCUAUGAGGCGCCCCAGGGAGGGUUCCAAGGACAAGACCCCGGCUAUGCCAAUCCUUACGGAGCGCCUCCGUACGAUCCGAAUGCUUUCGACCCGAACGUCCCGAGGAUUCCGGAUUACAACGCAACCCCUAGGGAAUGCACGGGAGAUUUCUGUUGGAAAAUCCCACCAAAGCAACGAACAGGGAUGCAGUCUGAGAAUAAUCGUAUUGACAGGAAAAACCACCUCUGUGAAGCAUGCGGAGGAAGAUUUGCCCGCAAGGCCGAGCUGAUCGUCCAUAGCAGAAUACACACCGCAGAGAAACCUUUCGCUUGUGACAUAUGCGGGAAGAGAUGGGCUCGAAGCGGCGAUCUCACCCUACACAUGAGAACCCACACCGGAGAAAAACCAUACGGAUGCGAGGAAUGCGGAAGAGCAUUCGCUCACCUGAAGAGCCUCGAUAACCAUUUGACGACCCACUCGGCGGCGAAACCAUUCGCCUGGGACCAAUGCGACAAGGAGUUCGCAAGGAAGGAUCACCUCGGGAACCAUAAAAAAUCACAUGGCAGCGAGACACCAUUCCUAUGUGAUUUCUGCGGAACUUCAUUCGCUCUGAAUUGGAAGCUCAACGCUCACCGGAAAACACACUUGGGGAAAAAAACUCACUUGUGUGACGAGUGUGGAAUCCGAUUCACCCGAGGAUACGAUCUCGUAGCCCAUAAAAAAAUACGCCUCGGACUGAAGCCCUCCAUGUGUGAAGAAUGCGGUGCAAGGUUCGCGAGGUCAGGCGACAUGAACGUUCACAAAAGGUCACACGCCGUGGGAAAUGGCCUCAAUCAUCAGAAUUGUCGAGUGGGUUUCUCGCGAGAUUCCGAGUUCUCAGAGCAUAGUGGGAUACGCGACGGAAGGAUCCCGUCCGUGAGCGAAGGGUUGCGAGCGAAUCCCGCGGGAGAAAUUGGUCGGGAGGAGAGUCCGAGCACCCGGGAGAGACCUUUCAUGUGCGGCUUAUGUUGCAAGUCGUUCGUUUACAAGAGGAACCUCACGGCUCAUGAGAAAACACAUGGCGGUGAAAAACCUUUCCAUUGCGAAGUCUGCGGGAAGAGAUUCUGA